AUGACUUCGGAGAUCUAUGAGCUUGAAGGGUCUUUCUUUAGUGAUCCUUUCUCACCAUUCAAUGAUUCUUCAUCAACCAUUGACAUCCUUCAAGUUUUCCAAGAACACAACAACUACAAUUAUACCCCUUUUCUAUCAUCUACAUCUUCGCCACCUUUGACCACCCAAGAAAACUUUGACACUACCCCAUUUGAUGAACUUGACCAAAUUACCUCCUCCCUACAACACUCUACCUCAUCCCCACCAAGCAACCAACUUGAAAACCUAUCCCUUAACCAAAUGGGCAUUUCUGUAACUUCAUCAAAUGAUGAUGAAACUCUUGAUUUUAGCUCUUUGGAUGUGAAAAUAGAAGAAGGUCAACAACGACUACCUUUAUAUGAUCAUAAUAAUUACUAUGGUGGGCCUCAUAAUAAUGCAUUAAAGAUGAUGCAAAGGAGCUAUAGCAGCAAUUCUUUCCAACAAGCAGAGAAACCAAAUAUUAAUGGUAUUGAGCUUUAUCAACCAAAAUUUGAUGGCUUGAUUGAAUCAUUCCCAAAUGAAGUCCUUACCUCACAUGAUCAUAGCUUCUCCUCUACACAUAUGAGAAGGGCUUCUAGCACUGGUGAUUUACAAAGUCCAAAUGUGAGCCAAACAAGCCAAAGGUUGUCAACUAGCCCAUUAGCAACCAAAAGUACUUCAUUCAUGGAGGAAGCAAAUUUCAAAGUGGGACGUUACAAUGCAGAGGAAAGAAAAGACAAGAUUUCGAGGUAUAGAGCAAAGAGAACACAAAGAAAUUUCAACAAGACAAUUAAGUAUGCAUGUCGAAAAACCCUUGCUGACAAUCGUCCAAGAAUAAGAGGUAGAUUUGCACGCAAUGAUGAGCCUGGAGAUCAGCUUCCCAAGACCACACCUUAUAACCCUUAUAGUAGAGACGAAGAUGAACUUUGGAUGGAACAGGGUUUAUAUGAAGAAGGUGAUCAUCAAGGACGGGGACAAUUCUUCAGUACUACUUACGACCCAUCAAUAAUAGCAGGCCAAUUUCAUCACUUCAGCUUUAUUCAGAACUGAUUCGAUUCAAUUGAUCACUACUAUUGUUUCACGAAUUCUUAGGAUGGUUAUAUUUAACUUUUUCGAGAAGUAGCUCCAUAUAUAUAGGAUCCCAAAAAUGUAUACUUAGAUUAUUGUUACCCAUCUCAAUUAAUAACCAAAAAAAAGAAAGAAAAGAAUUUAGAGAUUAAAACGUUCUUAACGAACGGAAUUAAUAAAGCUUAUCCAAUUGGUUAUUGU